AACGCGUGCAUUACAGUUAAAGCUUAUUUCCUGUUACUAGCAACGUUAAAUGUUGGUUUUAUUGGAGUCCUCGAACUGAUCACUGUUUCUUUGAAAUAUAAUUUGAAUGAAAUAUGGCUUUACCGAAUUGCUCGUUGAAGGUAAACAGAGAGCUGCUAGAUCCCAGUUUUGAAAGUUACAGGCUUUCACUGGACUCUAUUCCUACUUACAAUGUAGAACUGGACGCAGCUGUGGCUGAGGUUAAACUGAAAGACAGUCAGUACACCCUGGAUCAUGUGAGAGCAUUUGGUAUGUACAACUACCUCCACAUCGACCCCUGGUAUGAAGACAGCGUCUACUUUGUGGACAGCAAGGGCCGAGUUCUCAAUCUAACAGUCACAUUGGACACAGCCUUGGGCAAACCUCGUGAGAUGUUCCGUUUCGAAUCAGACCCAAUCUCCUGUGAGGGGGAGCAGUUGUGUGCUUCUCUGAGCCUGACCUCUGCAACUUGGGCCGCGCUCUCCGACGGAACCGGAAAGUUGACUCUUUUGCGCACAAGCAAGAGGGGUGAGAGUUCACAUAUUAAAUGGGAGACGAUGUUCAGAGAGCGUCUAGGAGAGCCGUUCAUCAUCGUUCACAGCCUGGCUCAUGUGCGCUCUUAUGUUCAUACCAUUGAAGUGCUGCUUCUGAGAGUCCAGAAAGAUCCAUCUGAUACCAAAGGCAGCGGUUUCUCAAUCUCACUGGAGUGGAUCAUUGUGGACAACUCUGCUGGGCAGGGUGAGAAUGAGGAGAGGAAGUAUGGUGUGAGGAAGAGGAUGAUGAUGAAGGGCAAGUCUGUCCCGCACUACGCUGCCGUGGAGCCUCAGGGUAAAGGAAUCGUAGUAGCCUCAGAGAAACCCUUCGCUUUUACUGAGGUGGAUGGACUUCCGCUUGAAGAGCCACCUGUUGAGGCUAUGGAGGUGGAGAACUCAGAUCCCAUCUACUUCUGGCAGCAAACAGAAGAGGAUGUGACCUUGAAUGUGCGGUUACCUGAAGGGACCACCAAAGAUGACAUCCGCUUCAAGCUCGCUGUGGACUGCCUACGUGUCAGAGUAGGGGAUCAUGCACCGCUGCUGGAUGGGCAACUGUUCGCUCCUGUAGAUCCUGAGGCCAGCACCUGGACCAUUAAAGAUGAUAAGAGUUUGGAGGUCAGUCUACAGAAGCGAAGCGAAGGGCCGCUGUGGUCUGAGGUGAUUCUUGGGGACCGGAGGGGAGAAUAUCUAAUGAGUGAUGAACAAAAAUCACAGCUUCAGCAGAGACUCUCAUAUCUCACUUCUGAAGACCUGAAUCCAAACCCAGAGAAGGACAAGCCCCCUUGCAACGCCCAGGAACUGGAGGACUGUGACAUGUUUCCGGAGGACAGCUCUACACUGAUGCGCUUUGAUGGUGCCACUCUGAAGCCCACCCAUGUGGUGAGCCUUGGAAGCCACCAGUUCCUUUUCUCUGUUCAUAUUGACCCCUCUGAGAUGCCCGCUUUCUGCUUACGGCACGAUGUUGAAGCACUGCUCUGGCAGCCCCAUCCCAACCAGGACAACGAUGUAUGGGAGCACAUUUCAACAUUUAACGCACUCGGUUAUGUUCAGGCCUCAAAACGCGAUAAAAAGUUCGCAACCUGUGCACCUAACUUCUCCUACGCUGCUCUUUGCGAGUGCCUCAGGCGUGUGUUCAUUUACCGCCAGCCCUCGCCGGUUGACACGGUGCUCUUCAACCGGAAGCAGGGUCGGCAGGUUGGGCAGGUUGCCAAACAACAGGUAGCCAACCUGGACACCAAUGACCCCGUACUUGGAUUCAGGGCCACUAACGAAAGACUGUUCGUCCUGACUGCAAACAACCUGUUCGUGCUGAAAGUGAACAAUUAAUACUCUCCAGUAUUUCUGCUGGAUUAGUUGACACUUCUGCUCCAAGGUUGGUCCGGGGCCGUUUUGAGGUCAUUGGUGAACAUUCGACUUAUCCAGUAUAUGACGGUCAUAUUUCAAGACCAAGUUGGUAUGAACUUCUCUAAUGUAUUUGCGUGUCUGUGUGUGUUAGCAUUUGUCUUUAUAUGUAAAACAUUAAACGCGUUCCUCCAGGGACACAAACUAUAGCAUGAAUGUCACAUUCAUUCCAUUAGAAUGUAAAACGGAUACAUAAAAUAAAUAAGCAUCUGUAAGACCCUGUCUGUUUUCCACCCACAUUAUGACCACAAUCAAUGAAGAAGUUAGAAAGUAUUUACAUUUACCACUGUUGUGUUCCUCGCAGACCAUGACCCCAUCAGAACAAACCUGCGACCCUUUUUGACAAAGCAAUUAUUUCACCAGACAUGAGUCAGCAGUCAGAAUCAACAGAUACCAAAUGCCAUGUGACGACGGCAUCAAAACUGGACAGGUGUGAUGCAUCUCAGAAAAAUUGGCUAUAUACUUACUAUGUACUGUAUAU